UGGUUGUUGGUUAUAAGACAUCCAUCAUUCGUUCUGGACAAUUGAGUUUAUUCAUAAGUUGGCUUUCGAACGAGAUAUAUAGCCUUCGAAAGAGGGGUGACGACGAUUUUGGAUAAGAAGGAUAUUUUCGAAAAGGAUGAAAUCAGAUCAUCUGUUGUUGGUCUUGAUGGUGAUUUCAGGACUAUUUUACUUUUCUGAAGGUAAACCAUGUCCUGAGAACACACAGCCGCACAAAAGCCGAUGCGAUGUUUACUUCAAAUGUGUCAUUCUUCCUUCCCAAACGCACAUAUGGAUUCCUGAGAAAUGUGAGGAAGGUCUCAUCUAUGAUCCUAAUAUGAGGAUGUGUGUUCUUCCUGGUGACGAUUGGGAGUGUAAUCUGGAAGAAGUAAAUAGAAACACUCAUUCCUCGAAUAGUGAUGAUGAAAAUGUUGUAUUCCAACGAAACGAAGCAAUGAAACGAUCAUUGGAUUCAACUGAAGAUUCUACAGAUGACGAAAAGGAUAGUGAAAGUGAAGAAAUUGGAGAUGACGAAGAUGCCAAAGAGUCAGAUUAUAUUAUUGUUGAUGAUAGUGAAAGUGGUUUAGCGAGUGAACGUGAUUUGGAAUCGAGUGGUGACGGAGAGGGAACUGAUUACAUUCUAUUGGAUACCUUAUCGCCGGAGAGAAAAACGAGUGAUGAAAGCACCGAUCUAGCUGAGACAACAACUCCAACUAAGAUUGAUCCUAAUUUAACUGCGCACCUGCAAAGACUUACUCAGCUCAUCGAUGGUUUAAAGCAAACUUACCAGAACAAGGACUCUGCAGCAGCUGAAUUAAGACCAGACCAGUUAAAUGCAUUUUUAGCCCACUACAAUAUCAAAGCUCAACUGGAUUCAAUUGAUCCUUCUAAGGAAGAAAAUUUUGCCACAGCAACACCAAAAAUUGAUCCAAUUAAACAAAAUCAAUCUUUAGAAGUUCAGGAAUCAACAACUUCAACUACUUCUGAACUCGAUCCAGAGACUAAAGUUAUCCUUACUAAUCAAUACCCUAAUGGCUAUAGUAUUCCUCGUCCUAACGAUGGCUAUUCGAAUUCUCAAAUUGUGGUAAAUAAGCCCGAAGGAUCUGUACUCUUUACUCUGGGAAAUCAACCAAAGGAUUCCACAUCUUCAGCCAAUCAUCGCUUUAAACCUAAGAUCUCCGAGGACACUCUCAAAACAGUACUUCAGUUAUCGAAGCAGAUGCUUGACAGUCAGGAAGUUCGGAGAGUUGUUCCUAGUUCGGCUUAUUAUCCUCAAGUUGUUCAACCAAUUUAUCUUUCCCCACCAAUUCCCCAAUUCGCCAAUAGUGCCUUCAAUCAACAUAUUCCUUACGAUAAAUUUAAUUAUUUUGGACCAUCAACGAAGCCAGUUACACCGAGUACGACAAUAAUUCACAAUAAUGUUCAUAUUCCCGGGUCGAAUGAUAGAAUCGAUCAAGUCGAUAGCUAUGGACAGAAGGUGCAUUCAUACCCACCAAUUCCAACAUAUCAUUAUUCCAGUGAAGGAUCAUCGGAAGUUCAAGAUCACAAUUUAGCAAAUCGAUAUGAAAACAACCAACUUGUCACCAUCCGGCCAAGCAAAGGUUACAGCAACAGCUAUCAAUCGACAACAACUUCUCGGCCUUACGUCAGUGACACAUCAGGCUCCACUCUAUUCGACUACUACACUCUGAGUCCUCAUCUUGACGAAUCAAAUGUCAAUAAUGUCUUUCAAAUGGAAAAAUAUCCAACACUUAACAUUGGAUCCAAUUCCGGUCGACCGCCAAUGAAAAGCCACAAACGUCCGGAUUCUCAUCAUCACAAGUCGCAAUUCUAUCAAAACUCCUAUCACAAUGGUUAUCAUCAUCCCAGCCAACAGUCAAUACUUAAACUUUUCCCAACUCACAUUGAUCCAUCGAAGGUGAAGAUCCGACCGAACAGUCAGAAACUAGAAAGCAUGGAGCAAGACGCUAGUGAUGACAAUGAUGGCAACGACGGAGAAGAAGAAUAUGAUUAUUCCCAAAGUUCCAGUGGCGAUGAUAAUCACUCAGAGACCUACAAUCGAUAUAAUGCAAAUAAACAGAUCACGGCCAACCAAUUAGCACAGUAUGUGGGCCAAUUUAGUGGAGGUAAGGCACCUUCACAUUCACAUCAAAUCUAUGGUGGCAACAGUGAGACAACAUUUUUUCACCAGAACGAAGAUGAAAGUAGUCAAGUAGGAAGCUACGCAUCAGGGAACGAUUUGACGUAUGAUUUAUUCAACCGAAAGGUAUCACCCCCAUUACCUUAUGACAGUUCCAAACCAGAUGCAACUAGCUGUCCAGUUGGUAUAAGACAACCCAAUGCCACCGAAUGUACUCGAUAUUAUGUAUGCAGCAAAGAAGAUGGCCGGGUAAUGCAGUAUUCCUGUCCGUCGUUUACCGCCUUCAAUCCACAGACACGCAUCUGUGAUGCACAAUACUAUGCCAUUUGUCACCCGACGGCCAUCAUUAAUCGUUACACUGUUUCGGAAAAUAAGCGCGUUCAGUUGGAGGCCAUCAAGGCCCUUCACGAUGCUAAACGUAUUCGAGAACAGGUCUUACGGGCUCAAAAUAUCGCUUUGCGUUUGCGUUUAGGAGAGAAUCAUCAGUCCUCAUCGACGACACCAUCACCCCAACUUCAACAAUAUUCAUCGGAUGUGUUAUCUAAUUUCCUGCAAAAUGCCAUUGAUACGAAUUCUGUGUCCGGAAGUUCCGACAAAGAUUCGUCAUAUUCAAGUUCAGUGUCACAACGACCUAAUUCUUAUACCUUGAGCUCGUCUUCUUCUUCUUCAUCUUCGGCGGGGGGAAAUCGCAAAAGGAAAUACUAUUGCAAGGAGGGUGACAAAGUAGCCGAUCAAACUUCGAUUUAUAAUUAUUUUGUUUGUUAUAAGAAUUCACAGGGUGUGAUGAAAGGUCACAAAAUGACGUGUUCGGAGGGUUUAUUGUUUUGCCCAAUGACAUCGAUGUGUACACUUCCGAGAAAGUGUUCGUAAGAGACUUUUUUUCUAUUUUAUUUAUUAAUCGAUAUUUAAUUUAUUUAUAGUUACUAUUUAUUUAUUUAUGUUAUUUUUUAUUUAUUUGUUUUUUAUAUUUUUAAAUGUUGUGCUAAUAAUAAAAAACCAGUAUACC